AUGGUUGAGAAAAUGAAAACAACCCGACAGAUAGCUCAGUUGUUAGGACGCCGGACUAGCAAUCGACAAAUUGGGGGCUCGAAUCCUCCGUCGGGCAUUUUUUCCAAUUUUUCACAAAAACCCAGAAAUUCCAGCCUAGCAGUGGUACAAAUAGCAGGGUUUAGACCACCAGUCUCAAGCAAAGACAAGCCAGGCCUACAAGGUCCAUUCCGAUCUCCUUCCCUUUUUUCUGUAGUCAGCCACAGUCCGCAGUACUACAGUAUUCUCAAGCAUUGUUCGGAAGCUCUCAGUGUUAUCUGGGAGGCUCACUUCCAAAAUAUAGUUAAAGAAGUUCCCAUUGUCAACAACCAAUCCUUUAAGCUCAAGAGCGAGAUAUUGUUGAUUACAGUUGCAGCAGCAGCAGAAAAUAAAUUGAACAUUAAGCCAAGAGUAGCUCGACACUGGGUGAGGAAGUGUGAUGAAGAUCCAAAGAGUAUUUUUGAGUAUAGCAAUAAGAGCUAG